UUUCUCCGGCCGAUAGUUGGGGAGCACCUAUAGGGGGCGCGCUUUCCCCCUCGUCCUCCUUGGCCGGCACGCGGCUCUGAGGCCUUGCGCGCCGCCGCUGAUAGAUGCUCGGGUUAGCGCAGAGAUGGGGCAUGAGCACAGUGGGGUUCCGCUGCCUCUGUGGCGGACCGCUCUCGUCUCUGCGGCCGCUUCCUUCCUUGCAGCUGAACCGAGAGCAGAGAAUCUCUGAAGAUAUGCCCUUGCUAAUGCCUACAUUUUUAUUCUGGAGCUGCAGAAACUUGUUCUUCACUAAAAUUGCUGUGAUCUGCUUCGUCAACAAUUGCUGAAGAAACAUUCUUCAGAAAGAUUAUAGACUAGCAUAUUUUUAGUAUGACUGAUAAGAUGGGAAAAUGGCAGCAACCAAUGAGUUAGCAGGAAGACAUGGGGGGCUUUGUAUCUCCAAAACCAGUGUUUUGCACUGUGAUGGCAUGCAACAAGACUCCUGCAGACAUUUUCAUUGCUCUGAAUGCAAGCACACAGCUCACAGACUCCAGUUAUACAGCCCUGCCAAUCACACUCAGGAUACUAUUGGCAAUAAUCAUGGUAUUCAUGAUUGCCAUUGGAUUCUUAGGCAAUGCCAUUGUUUGCCUCAUUGUCUACCAAAAACCAGCCAUGCGUUCAGCUAUCAACCUGCUUUUAGCUACUUUGGCUUUCUCAGAUAUCAUGCUGUCAUUGUUCUGCAUGCCUUUUACUGCAGUUACGAUUGUUACGAUGAACUGGAACUUUGGCGCUCACUUCUGCCGAAUCUCAGCUAUGCUCUACUGGUUCUUUGUCUUGGAAGGCGUAUCUAUACUCUUGAUCAUUAGCGUGGACCGAUUCCUAAUCAUUGUCCAGCAUCAAGACAAACUGAAUCCUCACCGUGCCAAAGUCAUGAUUGCCAUUUCCUGGGCCUUUUCCUUCUGCAUCUCGUUCCCGUCAGUGGUUGGAUGGACAUUUGUCGAAGUCCCAAGCCGGGCUCCCCAGUGUGUCCUAGGAUACACAGAGUGCCCUGCAGACAGAGCCUACGCCGUGAUGCUAAUUGUGGCUGUUUUCUUUGUUCCUUUCAGCAUCAUGCUGUACUCUUACCUUUGCAUUCUGAACACUGUCCGUCGGAACACUGUCAGGAUCCACAACCAUGCCGAGAGUGUGUGUUUCAGUCAGGUGAGCAAGCUGGGCCUCAUGGGGCUGCAAAAGCCUCAUCAGAUGAACAUUGACAUGAGCUUCAAGACGAGGGCCUUCACUACCAUCCUCAUCCUUUUUGUUGGCUUCUCUCUCUGUUGGCUUCCGCACACUGUAUUUAGCCUGAUGUCUGUGUUCAGCAGAAAGUUCUACUAUAGCCCCUCUUUUUAUGUCACCAGCACCUGCGUGUUGUGGUUGAGUUACCUCAAGUCAGUAUUCAAUCCUGUCAUCUACUGUUGGAGAAUCAAGAAAUUCCGUGAGGCCUGUCUCGAGUUCAUGCCAAAAACAUUUAAGAUCUUUCCUAAAGUGCCUGGACGAACGAAAAGGAGAAUAAGGCCAAGCACAAUAUAUGUCUGUAGUGAGCACCAAUCUACUGUUUAGGGACCAUAAGAAAUACUGAACAGCUUGCAUCUUCAGUCACUGCCCUUAUAGCACCAUCAUGCGCCAUGUGGUGUCUUUUUCAAUGGAAUGUCUAUAACACAGAACAUUUGGAUUUUGUUCAUGUUAGUGUCACCCAUUAAAUUGUAGCUCUUCCUACACUAGUCUCACCUUCAGAUUAACCAGAAAUGUGUGGUUUUGCUAAAUAUACUGCCAGUAAUAAUACUGCCUGUAUCAUUUGUUGUUUUCUUCUGAUUAGGAAAAAGCAACACUAACAACCAAGCACACAUAGUCAAAUCAACAACUUUUCAGCUCAAUGUUUGCAAUCCCCAUUAUGUCAUUUAGGAUUCUCUUAUGAGGAAGAUAGGUGUACAACAACACAUGCUGUUUGAAACCUGAAAAAACGCAGUUAUGAACAAAUCCUCACUUUUAUUUUCAUUUUGCACAAACUAGCAAAAGUUGUAUGUUUCUAGUUCCCCCCCCCCUUCUAAAUAACUGCCGCAGAGACGUAGCAUGAUCAGUUUUGGGACCAGGGUGGGUGAUUUAGCCUUCCCCCCCCCCGGCUGCAGUCCUGAUUAAAAUGACUCCCUCCACCCCACUGCUGUCAGUUCUUUGAAGGAAGUGUCCA